UUUUUUUUUCCCUCUAUUCAUUUUUUUUUUCUUUCUUUCUUUCUAUUUUAUACGUUAACAUGACAUCUAGACAAUUGUACAAUGGCGACAACAUUCCCAUCUUAGGCUUAGGAACAUAUCGAAUGAGAACUUAUGAAGAACUUCGACCUGUUGUUUUUGAAGCUAUUCGUUCUGGAUAUCGAUUAAUAGAUUCAGCUACAGUGUAUAAAAAUGAGGAGAUAUUAGGGAAAAUAUUAAAAGAAGUGUUUGCAGACCCUGAUUUAAACGUCAAAAGAAGUGAUUUAUUUAUCACUUCAAAACUAUCUCCUCGUGAUCAAGGAUAUGAUGCUUGUUAUGCAGCUGUAAAUGAGUCCCUUAGGAAAUUUGAUUUGGAUUAUUUGGAUUUAUAUUUGAUUCAUUGGCCAGGUACUUCAAAAAGGCAAUUAUCUGAUCCAAUCAAUAAGGAAAAUCGUACCGGCAGUUAUAAAGCAUUAGAACAACUCUAUAAAGAGGGGAAAUUAAAGCAUAUUGGUGUCUCCAACUAUACAGCACAGCACCUAAAACACUUACUAAGCGUUUGUACUAUUGUGCCUCAUGUACAUCAAUUUGAACUUCAUCCUUGUCUAUAUCAACCUGAAAUUCUUGAUAUUUGUAAAGAAAAUAAUAUACAGAUUCAAGCCUAUUCCAGCUUAGGUGAAGGUGCCUUAAUUAAUGGCACAAUUAAAAUGGAUUGCCUGAAAACUAUUGCCGAAAAUCAUCAUGUUUCUAUGGCUUUAGUGCUUUUACGUUGGGCUGUUGAACAUGAGUGGAUUAUUAUACCGAAAUCAAAAACAAGAAUCAGAGUUCAAGAAAAUGCUAAAGUAUUUUCAUUCAAAUUAUCUGAAAAUGAUAUGAAUAUAUUAGAUAAUAUUCACCAUAUUAUGCCUCGACGUUUUUGCUGGGAUCCAACUGAUAUUUAUUAACAAAGCAAAUCAAACAAAUAAAAAUGCGCAGUAUAAUUUUCUUUUUAUUAUACAUUAAUAAAUAAUGGGGGGUUUUUUUUCCCUCAAAGAAUACAUUAAAAUUAAAAA